AUGACAAAUGAAUUCGACCUAAACAAAGUUCUACAAAAGGAUUUUGAAUACACGAAGUGUACUAAGCCACAAUUAAGAGACAUAAUGUCCAGGUUAGAUAUUGAAGGGAUUCCAUCACUCUACGUGAAGAAGAGUGAGCUCCUUGAGUAUUAUGAUAAGCAUGUGUAUAGGAAAAUGAACGAAUUGAGAAGAAGAAUGAAUUUCAGUCAGGAAAACACGUUCCAAAUGUCACCAAAGAGGAAGAAAGAAGAACCAGCAACAACAGUUAAGAAGGCAACUGUAAAAGUAGCAAUCAAAGAGAGUAAGCCAAGGGAUAGAGUAUCACAAGAGUUGAAAACAAGGACAACAGAAGAUUUGAAGGCUAAAGCAAGAUCAUUAUCAGUGAGUCGGGAUAAAACACAUGAUAGUUCCAUUGGUGAGAAAUUGAGCAAAAACAAACGAGGAAGGCGUAUUCAACGCACUAUCAUGUUUAUCAAGAGAAUCAUUCUGCUUGCGUUGGUAAUGCUAAUGAUAUGGCUCAAGUUCUUCAUUCCGUACUGCACGAGCUCUUUAAGAUGGUGUGUUCCACUUCCCAAAUACGCUCAUCUUGUUGAUGGUAAGUUAUUCUGCGAUAAAGGAUAUAGAAAGGUGACUUCAUUCAUUGAUUACUGCACAUAUGACACAAGAAUUGAAUACAACAACAGGCAAAAGGCCAAGAACAUCAUUCGCACACUGGAAAACAUCAAGGGCGAAUAUCUCUAUGGAAUGCGUAAGUCACCAAGGAUAGACGUCAGGGAGUUGGCAGCAGAUGCCGUUGUUUGGGAGAUGCUGAAGAAGAGCGAUCUCCUCGAUUUCAAUGGAACUCAAGUUGAAUCUCUCAAUGCAAGAAUAGGAAUGAAACUCUACCUGAAGUACCACAUCAUGAAGGGACUGAAAGGACUUGUGGCAAUUGUUGGAACAGUUCUAUUCAUUAGAAUACUAUAUUCUGGAAGAAGAAAGGCAUCGGAGAAUAAGGCAAAGGCUGAGAAAAUAGCAAGUCAGGUAUUGACUAGUCUGAACAAGCAAGCAAUGAUAGCAAUCAAAACACAGUGUAUUUCAGAUACAGUCUACUCUACGCAAUUGCAAGAGGUCUUUGAGAUUGCUGAUGAUGUCUGGGUCUACGUGGAGGACAUUCUGAAGAACAACUCGAAUGUCGAGGCCAUGGUGGAUGAGAGUGGCGAGCUCAAGUUCAGGUGGGUUGGUCUGCUCUUCUUCCGCUCCAAAUCAAACGAGAGUCUAUUGAACAAGUAG